ACUCGACGUUUCGGAUAAUAUGAUUAGCGAGUACAACAAGAAUGCCCAAGAAGCUGGCUAUGGUGAUAAGAUGGUCGCACUCAAGGGUGACCUUCUGGCUGAGUCUGCUCCGGCAGAGCUCUCAGGGCCCGAGUACUUUGACUUUGAUCUCGUGGUUGUCAGCAUGGCCCUCCACCACUUCGAGAGACCAGAAUUAGCCAUGGCCCGCUUUGGAGAGCGCCUGAAGAAAGGUGGUGUGUGCGUAACUGUCGACAUUGUGCCGGACGAUCACCACCAUGGCCAUUGUCACAAUGUUGAGCAUGGCUUUGGCGAUGCUGCGCAUACGGUGAAAAGCCACGGCUUCACCAUGGAUCAAAUGAAGCAGCUGUACGAAGAAGCAGGAUUUGGGACGGGCUUCAAAUAUGAUAUUUCGAAGGAGCAGGUUGUAUUCCGCAAGGACGGGAAAGAGCAUUUGAAGACCAUAUUUAUUGCUCGUGGGCAGCGUGGGUGAUCCCGAUGGAAUAGCAUGCUCAUGCUUUGG